AUGCUCCAACAAAUUCCAUUGGAAAAACGACUUUUGUAUCUCGUCAACCAACGAGAAAUUCUCCCGUUAUUGCAGAAGUACAGUCUCCGGACAAUUGAGGACAGCUUGAACCAAGAGAUCUAUGACCUUGAAUAUGCCCCCUGGCGCUUUUUUAAGAACGCUGCUUCAUUAAAAUUACGUCCGCCAGGAGGAUUUCCACUAGAUAUGCUGGAACGUCGGUUUCAGCUCACUGCUUACCACGAAGAGACGCUGCCGUCUGAAACUUUCCGAUGGACCCGCGAACUGCCACAACUGGGAGGAUUCGAGCAUGCCUGUUUGAAGAUAUAUCCUCACGGAAAGGCUGGCUCAGGAGUUGUCUACCUCACAGCAGAUGCCAAUCCAGACAACGUAGGGUCUCAAACAACAGUCUUUGGUUUCCGCGCUCUCGCAAUUUCCCCUGAGCAGACAGCAACUUCGAAAUCUUCUGACAGCUUUGUAGUGGACGAUACACUAUCAUUGACUAUUGACAAAACAGCUUGGCCACCUGACACAGACUGGAGCUCAGUUAAGGAUCCCACCGACGGCGGAACCAUCAAGCUAGGAACCUACACCACUCCCGACGGUUACAGUGUCCCUACAGCGCGCAUGCCAUCUCUCGAUGAUGUUCAAACUAAGGUCAACCAAGCAAUGGGCCGAAAAAUUGAGCAGCUUUAUCGUUGCGUUUCGACAAUAUCCGCUGCUGGAAAUCCGGUCCAUACGGUUGAGUUGAACCGAGCCGCUUGGCUGCCUUUCCUUGCUGAUGGCGGGACCAGUGAAAGUAAUUUCGGUCUCGAGUUCCAGUCAAACCUUGGAAUUGAUGCCAAGGUUCCUUGUCUUUUCCAAGAGUUCCAGAUUGAGCAGGAUCUGUUUUGGCCGAAGGCCAGUAAAGCUGUUAUUUUUGAGUACAAUCCUGUGAUGCGUGGAAUGAAAGGAGAUUGGCAUUUUGUUACUAUGGGUUAUGCGCGAUCUAAGAUGGAUCACUUUAAUGCUUUGCGGUCGAAGGUUUCUCGAACUGUUGCUACGGAGUCACCAUUUGCUCCUUUGGACUCGGCUACUCGAACGCCAGCGGCAUGUACAAAUUCUCUAGAUGCGUAUGCGGCAAACAGCCAUAAGCAUCAAAGGUCCCACGAUGCAUCCCAGAAGAUUGUCACAAAAGCGAUGUUCUACCACAUGAAUCAAGACGACCGGGAGAAAUUCACCAAUUCCAGCAAGCCCACCGACCUCCCCUCCUCUCUCGCUGACGGCCUGAAACCAGGGCUGAAAACUUUUCUGCGAACCAAAUACGCGCCCGCCUAUCUUUGCCAAUCUUUCGAAGCCAGCGAUGACUACAGAGGCACAUUUACGGAGAAGGAAGGCGAGAAACUAUGGUACUGGUAG